AUGGCACGACAGAUGGUGGACACGACUCCAGGACUACCGAGAAGCCUGCUACCGCCAGCACCCAGAACCCUAGGCGAAAGCAGCGUUGACUCUGGACAUCGAAACAACUUCAAUGCCCGAGUACCGCGCGUAGUAGUGACGCAGUCAGGCAAGGAGCGAACCACAACAGUGUCACCUUCUGAGCCAUUUGAUUCUAUUGCCGAAUAUAACAAAUGGAUUGCUGAGGUAAGCAACAAAUGA